AAAAUGAAAAAAAUAUUAUAAACUCAUGUCUCUUCUCCUACUUCUUUUUAAACCCCUCAACAUUUCCUUUAUCAUAACUCAAACCCAAACAACUUUCCAGCCAUAAUCCCACCAUGUCUCCUCAUCUAAAUUUCGAACCGAUCUCCAAAUGCAAUACGGAGUCCAGAUCUAACCAAACCGUGGCAUCGGCUCUCAACGGCACCCUUCUUGUUUCUUCCAACCCAUUCCCCUACUAUUUUCUCAUAGCACUCGAAGCCGGAAGCAUUUUUCGAGCAUUUUUCCUAUUACUCACCUUCCCAUUCAUCUACAUCAUUUCCCUCUUUUCUAAAUCAACCGCCACUCGUAUUUAUAUUUUCAUCUCGUGUGUUUGGUUGAGUAUUCGCGAUAUUGAGCUUGUUUCAAGCUCGGUUUUACCUCGAUUCUACGCGGGUGAUGUUCAGCCCGAGACAUGGAAGGUGUUUAACUCGUUUGGGAAAAGGUAUGUUGUGACAUCUAGCCCAAGGGUCAUGGUUGAGCCCUUUGCAAAGAAAUAUUUAGGGGCUGAUAAAGUGUUGGGUACUCAACUUGAGGUGUCAAAAAGUGGUCGAGCCACUGGAUUGGUUAGCGAGUAUGGUGUUAUUGUUGGUGAAGUUAAAAAGGCUGCAGUUUUACAAAAAUUUGAGGGUUCGAAUCUGCCUGAUUUGGGUCUUGGAGAUGGUGAGACUGACACAGAUUUCAUGUCUGUUUGCAAGGAGGGUUAUAUGGUACCAAGAAUAAGGUGUGAGCCCUUACCAAGAAACAAGCUUCUAAGUCCGAUUAUCUUUCACGAAGGACGUCUAGUUCAAAGGCCUACACCGUUUGUGGCGCUACUUACCUUCUUAUGGAUGCCGAUAGGCAUUUUCCUCUCCAUCCUUAGAGUUUACCUUAAUAUCCCUUUACCCGAAAGAAUCGUGUACUACAACUACAAGAUCCUUGGAAUCAAACUUAUUGUUAAGGGCAACCCUCCACCCCCUCCUAAACAAGGACAAAGUGGGGUGCUCUUUGUGUGCAACCAUCGUGCAGUCAUUGACCCAGUGGUCACUGCUGUCGCCCUAGGUAGAAAGAUAAGUUGUGUGACAUAUAGUAUUAGUAAAUUUUCUGAGUUAAUUUCUCCGAUUAAAGCUGUAGCAUUGGCAAGGGAGAGAGAUAAAGACGCCGCACAUAUCAAACAAUUGUUGGAAGAGGGCGAUUUGGUCAUUUGCCCUGAGGGAACGACAUGUAGAGAAUCGUUCUUGCUAAGAUUUAGUGCUCUUUUUGCAGAGCUCACAGAUAGGAUAGUUCCUGUUGCUAUUAAUACAAAACAAAGUGUGUUUUAUGGUACAACGGCUCGUGGGUACAAGUUUUUGGACCCUUAUUUUGUGUUCAUGAACCCUAGGCCAACGUAUGAGAUAACUUUCUUGAAUCAACUACCACCGGAGCUUACUUGCAAAGGCGGAAAAUCUGCAUUUGAGGUGGCAAAUUAUAUUCAAAGGGUGAUAGGGGAUACACUUGGAUUUGAAUGCACCAAUUUGACUAGGAAGGACAAAUAUUCGAUGAUGGCCGGAACCGAUGGUCGUGUUGAGACCAAGAAAGGAAUUUAGGCUCACUAGGAACAACAUGAUUCGAUUCAAAUACUUUGUUGGCUUUAUUAUUUUUUUUUCAAAUAAUAUUUAAAACAA